ACAGCCACAAACUGGCAAGCUGCCAUGCUCUCCCGCCACAAUCCUACUACAUAUGGGAUGCGCCUUACCGCUUUGGUGAUAUUCCAAGUCUGACACACAACAAUAGUCGCAUAUAUACUUGUCCUCGGCGCAAAAUACGACACAUAACUGCACUUACGCGUGGAUUAUGAAUCUGAGGUUUGUCUUCUGAGCUGAUGCGUUCUGUCAGACCGGUUUGCCUUCUUCCAUAUACAACGGUGGCAGGUGACUUCAGCUGGAGCGACGUAAAUUCAAGAGGAACACCGAGGCCAGGCAGUAGCCUCAUGGCGAUCUGGCGGAGAAGGGAUGAUCGAUGAUAUAUGAUAGCCGAAGCGGGAUUGUCCCGGGUCAUCCCAAGUUCAACCGUACUGUCACUACGGAAUAACCUGAGAGUGGAUAAGGGCUAGCCAUGAAUUCGCAGGACAACGCGAGGGGUUUGGAAAUUCUGCGCCAGCUGAACGCUGGAGAAGGGAGAACCGAAGAGGAGCUAGCCAAAAGUAACGACCCUCUCAAGGGUGUUGAAGCAGCCCGGUUGAGAAGAUGGUUCAGCUCCAACCACAUGCUCCCGAAGAGGGACCUCACGGACGACCUCGGGAUCGCAGUCUUUUUCGGACGUCUCGACGCCGUAAAAGAAGUCAUCCGCGACCGCACCCACGCGCACUCGCAGAGCGGCGCACCCGAUCCACGCGCAGCUGUGGUCCGGGAGAUCUACGAAAAGCGCUGGGGCCCGACGCAGGUCCCGAUCUUCAAUCUCAUUCUCUUAAGCACGCUCCUGCUCCCGCCGAUGCGCGCAGAGCACCUCCGGGCCGCCAGGUUUCUUAUCGACGAGGUGAAGGUGCCCGUGGACGGGACGGACCUGUCGGGCGCGCAGGCGAUCUACCACGCCAUCUCGACGAAGCCCACGUUCGACCCCGAGUACGCGCAGAUCCUGCACGACGCGGGCGGGGACGUGAACGCGCGGAACCGCUACGGCGACACAGCCGCGGCGGAGGUGGCGAUGCUGCGCGGGUACGACGCGGCGGCGAAGAAGAGGGCGCGGGACGCGCUCGCGUGGUUCUUCGCGCACGGCGGGAACCUGGACGUGCUGAACAACGACGGGGUGUCGGCGCGGUGGGUCAUGUCGAGCUCGCACCAGCAGAUGAUACAGGCGUAUGGGGUGACGCGGUCCCAGAUGGAGUUUCCGAUGUGGGACAUCGUGCUGGAGGAGGACGAGCGGAGGAGGGUGCCUGGGAUCAAGGCUUGUGCUUUCUGUGCGAGAGCGCAAAAGGACGGCUCGGGGAAGGCGUUGCUGGUGUGUUCGCGCUGCAAGAGUGUGGCGUACUGUGCGCCUCCUAGGAAAUGUCAGAAGGAGGACUGGAAACAUCAUAAGGGGAAAUGCAAGCCGUACAAGCCGGCACGGAGCUCAACAUACCUUGGUGUCUUGCUGGAUGACUGACCCCAUUGGGGCACCAAGGGACGUAGAAAGAGCAUGGACUUGGCUUCAUCGACUCGUAUAUUCUUUCAUCAUAUCGCAGAGAACCAGUGCCGGGGUGUAUGGGAGUCAUAUGCAUCAUCACUCGCCAAUUCCAGACUGAA